CCCGUCAAGGUCAGUGCUCUGCUGCAUGGCAACAAACAAACGGAUGAUACCAACCACCUGAGUUGAGCUCUCUCUCCUCCUCGUUCCUUUAUCUGAACACAAACAUUGAUAUGUACUCAAUCGAGCAAUAUGCAUAGCGGCACAAAAGAUCGUUACGUAUCCAACCACGAGGGCAUGCACCAACGCAAGUCUGGUGCACCGAGUCGACCUUCAACCUUUAGUAGCAUACCCAUUCGAAACGCUGCAUCAUCUUCAAAAUCCUAUAAUGGCAGUCGAAAACCAAGCCGAAGCUCGUCAUCCAAUAACACGCCCGCCGAACUUGACACCUCGCUCCCCAAGAACUUUCCAAAGCCAUUGACCUGCCACUUUUGGCACCAGAACGGACGGUGCAGCAAGCGAGAUGUCGAUUGUGCGUACGCUCACUAUGACACGGGCUUCAUAUCUAGCGCGCCUGUCACUCCGCUCGGAGCUUCCGAAGCCUUCGCUGGCAGGAACAUCGACAAGUACGCCAAGAAACUAGACAUGCCCAUGCCAUUGCUGGCCGAUCUACAGAAGCGGGAGAAUAUUGUGGCUGGAGGUGAAGCAGAACUGGAAGAGCGCCAGCAGACCCUCAGGCGACAAGAGGACGAGGUUAAAGAUCGGGAGAGUACGGUCUUACGGCGGGAGAUUGAAGUAGAUGAGAAGGAGAGGAACGUCGAGAGGACGACGGCGAGCUUGGUGCGUAAGAGGAGAGAACUUAAGAUAUUGGAGAAGAGCAUCAAGAGGAGGGAAGAGGCGUUGAGAGAGAAGAUGAUUUGAAAAGUGGGUGUAGGUCGAGGUUGAGGCUGGAAGAAGGGAUGUGCAGUGUUUCUAUAACGAACUUCAUGGUGUCACUCUCGGGCCCACGUUUUCUUCAUUAUACAAGAUGAUGUACUCUGAAGCUGUCUAUAUUUAUACGGAAUCGUGGCGUUUAUGUCGUUCUGCGUCUGGCGUGAUUGUGUCUAGUCAUGCAACUCGACGUUAAGCAGCACGCCCGUUACAGUAUUCUCGCUCUAAUGCGCCUCAUACCACGCAGCUCCAUCAUCUAGUG